GGCCCCGUCCCGGAGGCGCCUCGCCUCCUACGUACCCGGAAAAAGCAGCCGGCGAGAAGCGAUCGCAGCGGGCGGAAAAGACAAUGAAAGUUAAAAGUCGUUCAGCAGAAAAUGAAUGUGAGCCAAGCGGCCAUCUUGAAGCGAGCUGCAGACGCUGCUGUCAAUGGGCAACGAGCGCAGCCGAGAGGAGCCGCGGCCGCCGCGCUCGGCUCAUGCUGCCUCCCGAGCCCGGCCUCCUCCUCCUCCUCCGCUUCGGCCUCCUCCUCCGCGGCCUCCUCCUCCUCCUCCUCGGCCUCCAACGCCUCCUCCUCUUGGGCCUCCUCCUCCUCCUCCUCCUCCUCCUCGGCCGCCGCCGCCUCCUCCCGCUCCGCACUCGGGGGAGGGAGCGCGCGGAGGGGGCGCGAUCAGUAUUAUUCUGCGGGGCUGGGAGGUGUUUCUAAUCCGGAUCGGGGCUCCCUCGCCAACAUCCCCAUUGUCUCGCCCCGAUCUCUGCCUUUAA